AGUUGUCUUGUCAGUUGCCAGACGAGUGCCGGUGCGGACCGAUCGCGACUUUCGAUUUCGUUCAUCUUCAUCAUCUUCGGCAUCACCACUACCACGGCAUUCGAAGCAGGCAGGCAGGUCCCAGACAGCCAGCCCUGCCAACUUAUUGUAAUUAUCUGUGCGACGAGACUCUUGGAAUCUUUCUGUGAUCCCUCCAGGGGCAGACGGCCUCAGUCUAUCAAAGCCUGCCAGCGUUUCAACAUCAUCUUCAACAUCAUCAUCUUCGACAUGUGGCUGCUGCUGCCCAUUCUGCUCUACUCGGUGCUCUUUCUGGCUGUGCGACACAUCUAUAGCCACUGGCGACGCAAGGGCUUUCCCUCGGAAAGGGCCGGCAUCUCCUGGUCUUUCCUGCAUCAGGCCUAUCGCCGGGAAUUCCGACAUGUGGAGGCCAUCUGUGAGGCCUACCAGAUGGGUCGUGAGCGUCUGUUGGGUAUCUACUGCUUCUUCAGGCCAGUCCUCAUCGUGCGCAAUGUGGAAUUGGCCCAAACGAUACUCCAGCAGUCGAACGGACAUUUCAACGAUCUGAAAUGGGACUAUGUCAAGGGCUACAGGAGAUUCAAUCUGUUGGAGAAGCUGUCCCCCAUAUUUGCCACCAAACGAUUGUCGGAAAUGUUUACCCAUGUCCAGCGUGUGGGAGAUCAUUUGAUAUCAUAUCUGUUGGACAUCGAACAGGCCCAGGGUGGUGCUCUAGAACUGGAUUUGCAGCAGAUGUUAAGAGUUUAUGCCAUCAACGUCAUUGGAAAUCUCAUUUAUGGUCUGGAUGUCAACAACUUUGAGCAGAAGGAUCAUAUUCUCAGCAGCUAUGUGAGUGCUGGACAUACCAGCCUUCAAUCAUUUACCCUGAGUCGCUUGCCCCAGAAAUCCUCCUUCACGUACCGCCUCAGGGAUCUCAUCAAACAGGGCGUUGAGCACCGCGAGGAACAUGGUCUUAUACGCAAGGAUAUACUUCAGUUAAUCACUCGAUUCCGCAACGGCAACGACAUCAGUGGGGACAAGUGGCAGAUAGACAUAGAUAAUGAACAGGACAAGCUGUUGUCUAUCAAACGCGUGGCUAAGGUGGCUGAGGAUCUGCUCAAGGUAUCCCUGGACUCGAUAUCCUCCAAUAUAACCCUUACACUCUUUGAGAUCCUGCAAGAACCCCUGAUUGUGGAGAAACUUCAAACUGAAAUCAAGGAACUAAGCAAUGAGAAUGGUUCACUAAAGUUUGAAGAACUCGAUGGACUGAAGUACCUGGAUAUGUGUCUUAAAGAAACCGUCCGCAAAUACCCGCCGUUGCCCAUCAUUGAACGCAUUUGCCGUAAAAGUUACACGCUGCCCAACACUAAGUUCACCAUUGAUGAGGGGAAAACCCUGAUGGUUCCCCUGCUGGCCAUCCACAGGGACGAGAAGUACUUCAGUGAACCCAUGAAGUACAAACCUUUGAGGUUUCUACAUUCGGAAAAGUCAGGCGACUGCAAGAGCAAUGCCUUCAUAGGUUUCGGCAUUGGCGGAGCUCAGUGUGUGGGCCAAAACUUUGCCAAAAUGGUCAUCAAAGUUGCUCUGAUCAAACUCCUGCAAAACUUUCAUCUGGAAUUGGAUGCAACCCUCGCAGAGACCAUCGAAAUUUCGCAUCAACCGGCUCCGUUUAUACGAACAAAAGAUGGUUUGAAAGUCAGGUUGAAAAGACGCGAGAUAAAGCCGAAAUUUUAUAACUAAGCUAAAAGUAGAAAUUAGGAGGAAAGGAAACUCUUUCAGCUGUUAAGUUCUUUAAUUUGUGUGUGGCCCGCGUCACACCUUUUUCAACACUUUGUUGUCUGUGCAAGGCACCUAAAAUUAUGCUAUAAAUAAAAUACAGUAUAUUACGGUCACA